GCAUUAAGACAACUUGUCUUUAGCUUCAGUUUAAUUGAAAACUUGUGUCUUGUGUUCAUCCAGUAGCAAUAAAUUUAUCGUUACACACACUACAGUUUAUCAGUGGAACUAACCAUGGACAUAUAUAUGUUUGCCUUUACAGCACUGCCUCAGUCAAAAAAAGGAAGAACACAAAAUAAUAUGGGAGGGAAAGGAAAACAAAAGACCACAAAAAUGAAUGGUACUGGGAAAGUGUCAACCAUGAAGUUCACUGUGAGGACUACAUCUAAAUGGCUUUCAGGUGAUGAAAAAAGGGUCUUCUGUAAUGUUAUGGAAAGUGGUGACAUUAUAGAAGUGCAAAAUGACACCUUGCAUAUAUGGGGAAUUGGCAUAAAAACAAAGACCAAAGAUGGAAACAAAAUAGAAGUUGCAUAUUAUAAGCCAUCAAAUGAACCAAAUGUUAUGGGUAAAAUAGUACGAGAACCACUGGAAAACUUUUGGACUGAAGGUUCACAGAUCAGAAUAAACAACAGCAGUGACAAAACACAUCAGCAUCAUAGCGAGGAAGAAGUUGUCCAACGAGUGGAACAUGCACUUCAACACAAAAGCAGAAAGUGGCAUAAUUCUGAACACUUUGCAUUCUGGUGUCGACAUGGAGAAAAACUGACAGACAAACGACAGAUGUCUGAUGUUGCAAAGUGGGGGAGCUUGUCUGCAUCGGCUGGUGUGUGGAUGUUUAUGAGAAAGAGACACAACACACAAUGAAUCCUGUGUAAAAAUAUUUUUUCAUCUCUCAUCUUAUUUAAUGUCAUUUGCACAUAUCUGUAUAUCACCUGUAAAUAGUUUCUAUCCAAUUCAACUUUGUCUUAGGUGUAUUUAUUUUUUAUUUUUUUUACUACUGCAGAUGAAUCAAUAAAUUGUACAUAUGAACAGA